GGAUGGGGAUGGGCUAUGUACCUAUGAGGAGGGUUCGAAGUGUAUGAAUACCUGUAAAGUGCCUGCCUACGCAUGCAUGCAUGGUACAUACAUACCAUCCCAUCCCUUUUGUCUCAAUCGCACAAGCAAGCACUUCAUCACUCACUCACUCAUCAAUCGAUCAAACCCCCAUCUCGAUUUCCCUCCAGUCCAGUCCUGCCUAUUCCCCCUCACUCUAUCCGUCGUCAUUUCGCAUCAUUUCUUUUCCAGCUGAGCCUCCAUCUCCCCAUCCAUCCUCGCCAACGGCGCCGCACUUGCUUCAUCUUCGUCUUCAUCAACAUCAUCCGUCCACCCAUCCAUCCAUCGUCUGGUAUCCCAUACCGCCUCCACCCUAAAUAUCCACCCCCCACCUUCUUUCCUCCACGCAGAGCAG